GCCUUGGCUGUCAAUCAUCGGGUCCCAGCCGGUGAUUACUCACCCACACCCUGUGAUUGCCGAGUAUUACUGAUGAAGGGAAAGAACUGUAUGUAAACUAUACAGUUCUCUCCCCUGUCAGCUCCUGCACACUGCUUUGCAUGGCUCUGCAUAGCAGAGUCAGUGUAAAGCACUAACACAGCCCGCAGUAAAACAGCACACAGUUAACCCUUUGAUCGCCCCACAUGUUAAUCCCUUCCUUCCCAGUACUAUUAGUACAGUGUCAGUGCUUUUUUAUUAGCACUGAUCACUGUAUUGGUAUCACUGGGGAUGUCAGUGAGAACAAGUCAGUUCCCCCCAGUGUCAGAAUGUCCGCAGCAGUCCCGCAGUCCCACUAUAAGUCACUG